CGCAAGUGGUCAGCCCCACCCCGCUCUCCUUCUUUUAUACCCCCGGAACCGGAAGCGGCCGCUCACUUCGUCACUUCAUUGGCUAUCAUGCUACAUUCGCUCCCGCCUCUUUCUCUUCACUUCCGGCUGCACCCUUCCUUUUUGCUGCUGGGCCUAUACCCGGAAGUGAGGCGAGCGCUUCCGUUACUGGGCACCGCCCCCCGCGCGCCGUUUCCGGCCGGGCUGAGGCGGGGCGGCCCGGGGCGGGCAGCGGCUGAGCUACGCUGGGCUGCGCUGCGGGCAGAGCUGAGGCGGCCGCGCAAAGGGGGCCGGCAGCCACCGCGCCCGGGGCCCGCUGCAGAUUCUGCCAAUCUCCCAAGGUCGGGGCUUGAACUCAUCCUGAUAAAGCCAAAGCCACCCCCCUCUUUUCCCAGCCAUGCAAACUGCGGGAUGAAGCUGGAAGCUGUGGUCGAGCAGCUGCAGAAGCAGCAGCAGAAGCAGCAGGCUCCUCUGCAGAUGGAUUCCAGGGAGAGACAGCAGAGGCAGAUGAGAGAAGCCCAGCUGCUGUACACGCAGCAGCUGGCCGUGCAGCAGGCUGUGCUGGCAGCCACAUCUGGCAGGGCGGCGGGCGGCUCCACUGUCGGUCCCUUGGCCAGAGGCCCGCCCGCAGCCGGGGCCACGCGGGCUUUCGAUCAGAGCAGCAUGAAUUCAGAGCCGGAAGAGGAAGAAGAGGACGAGGAAGAGGAGGAAGAUGAGGAGGAAGAGGAAGCGGGGUUGGAAGGAGGAGAUCUUGAGGAUGGUGCCGAUGUGACUGGAAAAGAAUCCUGCUCUGCUCUGAAAUAUUUUCACGCUCCCAAAGUUGCCCACCACAACCAAAGAGUGGCCUCUACCUCUAAUCCUCUUCCGGCCUCGGGGCACCAGCGGGGACAGCAGGGCAAAGAAGAACAGGGUAAGGACACUACUAAGCAGCCAUAUGCCGGCUCCCCGUCUGGACGCCAGAACUGGAGAUUGGACGAGCAGCUCAAACAGAACGGCAGCGUGACCUGGAGUGAUGAAGGUGAUGGAUGCCGAGGAAGAGAAAUUUCACGAGACUUUGCCAAGCUUUAUGAACUGGAUAGUGACCCUGAACGGAAGGAGUUCCUGGAUGACCUCUUCAUCUUCAUGCAGAAGAGGGGAACUCCCAUCAACAGGAUCCCCAUCAUGGCAAAGCAGAUCCUGGAUCUCUACAUGCUCUACAAACUGGUGACCGAGAAGGGAGGGCUGGUGGAAAUCAUCAAUAAGAAGAUCUGGAGGGAGAUCACCAAAGGCCUUAAUCUGCCCACCUCCAUCACCAGUGCCGCGUUCACGCUGCGAACCCAGUAUAUGAAGUACCUGUACGCCUACGAAUGCGAGAAGAAAUCCCUCAGUUCUCCUGCCGAGCUUCAGGCCGCGAUCGACGGCAACAGGCGGGAAGGCAGGCGGCCCAGCUACAGCUCCUCUUUGUUCAGCUACUCGCCCACCACCACGGGGCCUCCUUCCCUCCUGUCUCCCCCAAAGAUCCGCUUCCCCAUCAUCGGCGUGGCGCCGGGCAGCGGGACCAGCAAUCCUCGGGUGUCUCCAGCAGCAGCCGUCAGGAAAGGUGACGGCGUGCCCUUAACCGUGUCGAUGCCAAAUCGUAUUGCUGUGCCAGUGACCUUGGCGAGCCAGCAGGCGACGGUGGCGGCAAGAACAGCCACCCUGGAGCAGCUGCGGGAGAGGCUGGAGGCUGGGGAGCCCCCGGAGAAGAAGGUGUCGCGGAUGACGGAGGAGGAGCAGCGGCUCGUCCAGCAGGCUCUGCAGCGCAACCUCUUCAGCAUGGCGCGCCAGAUCCCCAUGAAGAUCAAGAUCAAUGGCAAGGACAAACCCGACUCGGCGGCGGCGGCGGCGGCGCUGAACCUGUCACCUAAUGGCAUCGGGAGCAUUAACAUGUCGGUGGAGAUUAACGGCACAAUUUAUGCUGGCGUGCUCUUUGCCCAGAAGCCAGUCGUCCAUCUCCUCGCAGGCUCCCAGAGCUCCUGCAGCAGCAGCAGCAGCUCCCACUGCUCCCCCAGCCCUACCUCAUCGCGGGGAACCCCCAGCGCAGAGCCCUCCACUAGCUGGUCUCUCUGAUGGACGGCCGAGCUUGCUGUCUCACACUGGCCUCCGGCAGCUCUUCCUCUCUGCUCGCGGCGGGGAGCGAGCCGGGAAGGAGUCGCACAGAUUACCUCAUCUCAAGGAACCUGCUUCGUGGUUGGCCAACGGCAAGAUGAUGAUGCUGAAACCUUUCCAUGCCAGCGAGUUUUUCCUUCAUCGCCUGUUUGUCCAGCCUUUUUCUUUGUUCUCCCUUUUCUUCCUCCCCCUUUCACUUCUGUUUUCUUCCUCCUCCUCCUCCUCCUCCUCCUCCCAGGGUUUGCUGUGUUCCUCUUGGGGGGUAGCACGCAGAGAGGGGGGGAGGGGGGGGGGCACACCUGGCGUUUUUCAAUCAGGGAUCGGCGGGCGGAGAGAUGGCUGGGACGUCACCAAGGCAGGUGGAAAGAGCUGGCAUCGGGGCAGGGAAACGGGGUUCUCCUGGAGCCACAGCACGGCUCAGUUUGUUGACAAUCGGAACAGCCGGCAGGCUGCCUCGCCCCUCUCCUCCCACGGCUUGUGCCAGGAGAGCUUCCUCACUUCUCUUCCUCGGGCUCUGUCACGGUCCGGUGCUCGUCUGUCCUCCCUUUGGGCCGCACAGGUCCUCGCUCGCGGAGUCGCGGCGAUGCGAUGAGCCUCCUUCCCCCUCUCUCUGAGGUCUUGGCUACCUGGGAAGGGCUUCUCACCGCUGCGCUUGACCCACAGACACAGAAAAAACCCUCUCCAUCAGCUGCUUCGUCCUCCUGGCUGGUGCUGGCCUGUUCCCUACUCUUGUUGCCUUUUUCAGGCUUUCGGCCGAGUUUUAAACGCCCUCGACCUUGUCUGUGUGUCCUUGGGGAACUCAUCCUGCUGACAUUUCCCCCGAACCUUCCCUUUGCUCGGCUCUGAUCCUCUGCUCCCCUUGACACGAGCAGCUCGAGCCGGGCGUCCCGGAGCGGCUUCUCCUCGGAGGCUGCUCUCCACGUCCCCCUUCAAGCUGCACGUCAGCAGAAAGAAAACAAACCUCCAUCAGCCGAGACCUUUUGCUCUCCUGUGGGGAAGCAGAGGAAAGAGAAUCGAGCCCUUCCUCGCCCUCUCCCUUCCAACCUCCAGCGUGAAGCAAGCAGAGGCUGCCCACGAGCUGCCGCCCAGGUGGCCUCGCUCUGCCCCACACAUUCCCCAGCCCGCAGACCAGACCCGAGCACCAACCCCCCCCUGCCCUGGUGACGUCCUUUCCAUCCUCCAGGCCCCAGUCAGGUUUUUUGAGCAGACGAAAUACCUCAGAUAUGUACUUAUUGUUGGGGUUGGGUUUUUUUUUUUUGUUUUGUUUGUUUGUUUGUUUUGGGGGGGGGGUUGUUGUUUUUUAACCUCUUCAGGAAGCGUUGGCAUAUCUUAUUGCUUGGUUGUUUGACGUUUUGUCGGUUUAUUUUUUUGUUUUGUUUUGUUUUUUUAAUACGUGGUUUUGCUGA